GGGGUUUCUGAGCACAAAUAGUGAAAGUUCCUCUGGGCCAUAAAUAGGCGGUCAGCAGUCCAGCCUUACACAGACGUCCGUACUCACAUUCCCAGAGCCCCACAAACCUGGCAGGGACUCCGGGACAUUUCCACUCCCACCCGAGCCACUCCAGGCCAAGCCUCAGCCUCACACAGCCUGCUGCACAGGAUCAGAGUCUCAUUCCCACGCACAGACUCGCUCUCAGGCAGCCUCCGUCCAUCCGCCAUGGCAUCCUCUGCAGCCACACUACUGGCCCUCAUCGGCCUGCUGAUCCUGUGGACCUCCCCCGCUCAGGGUGGUGCCAAUGACGCAGAAGACUGCUGCCUGUCUGUGAACCAGCGCCCGAUCCCUGGAAAUAAGGUGCGAUCCUUCCGAUACCUCCUCUACAAGGAUGGCUGCCGAGUGCCUGCCGUUGUGUUCACCACACUGAGAGGUCACCAGCUCUGCGCACCUCCGGACCAGGCCUGGGUGCAACGCAUCGUCUGGAGACUGCAGAGAAACGCUGCCAAGAACAAGCUCAGAGAACGUCACCCAUGACAGCCCCCAAGAGAGCCCUGUGUCUCAGUGAAGGACGGGAAUCACUGCCACCCUGGUGAACCAAGGACUAGAAGAGAGUACCAGACUAUCGACUCCUCCACAACCAGACCUGAGCAGGGCCUGGAGUGUUGGUGUGAAUGGGAGUGUGAGUGUGAAUAUGAGCAGGAGAGCGAGCGAGAGGGUAAAUGUAGCAGGGGCACAGCUUCUCCACACCCAGCCUGCAAUGCUUCCAAUAAAGCCCACUGGUACCCACCGAUUUGCCUGUUUGCUU